AUGGGCAGAGCGGGAGAGACAGAGGGGGAUGGACAGCUGAGGGGCGGAUGGUGUCACAGUGAAAUAAUGAUUGAUGGGCGGGGAACAGGAAGGGAAUGGGCGGGGGAGAUGAGAAGGACAGAAGGGGAAGGACAAGGGGAAGAGGGGGAAGGACAGAGGGGGAGAGACAGAGGGGGAUGGACAGCUGAGGGGCGGAUGGUGCCACAGACACAGGUGGAGAGACAGAGGGUGAAGGGCCGAGGGGGAGAGACAGACGGGGAAGGAUGGAGGGGGAGGAACAGAGGGGGAAGGGCAGAGAGUGAGAGACAGAGGGUGAGAGCGGGUACUUCCCUCACUCCCUCUCCCCAUCGACCUCACUUCCCCCUGAUUGCUUACACCCCUCAUUAUUUUGACCAACCUCCCUUUCUCCUACCAGCUCUGUUCACCCCCCAAUCUAUUCUCCUUUGCCUCACCUGCUUCCCCCCUCCCUCCUCCCUGCUUCCCCCCUCCAUCCCCCCUGCUUCCCCCUUCCCUCCGCCCUGCUUCGUCCCUCCUUCGGCCAUGCUUCCCCCAUCCCUCUGCCCUAUCCCCUUCCCUGCUUCCCCCCAUCCCCUUCCCCCCAUCCCCUUCCCUGCUUCCCCUCAUCCCCUUCCCCCCAUCCCCUUCCCUGCUUCCCCCCAUCCCGUUCCCUGCUUCCCCCCAUCCCCUUCCCCCCAUCCCCUUUCCCCCAUCCCCUUCCCCCCAUCCCCUUUCCCCCAUCCCCUUCCCCCCAUCCCCUUUCCCCCAUCCCCUUCCCUGCUUUCCCCCAUAAUCUCCCUCUCCAUGCGUCCUUCCACUCCCUGCCCAGGCCUCCUUCCCCCCACCCCCUGCCCUGUUCCCUACCUGCCCACUCAAUCCCUGCCUUUCCCUCCCUGCCCUGCCCCCCCAUCCCUUCUCAACCCUUUCCUUCCUUUUCAUGCCCUCCCCUUCCCCCUCACUCCUCACCUUCCGCCCUCUAGUUCCCAUGCAUGUGCACCCAUCACUGUCACCCCUUAA